GGGUGUUCACUCCUCCCACACUCAGCCUGAUCAUAUGACCUCAAACACUCGAUCCACUUCCUCAAACUGUGGAGCUCCAGCCUGCACGCGCUCAGCCAACAACACAUCCUCCCCCCUCCGAGCAGGACCCGAACCCCGGACCCGAACCCCGGACCCAGGUACUUUCUGUCGGCGUGCGAGCAGCUGGCGUCCCGGAGCUGAGGUGGUUCAGGUCUAAUGGCACGUCCGAGACUCGGAGCUGGAGCGACGGGGACCCGGCAGAACCCAGCAGCUGCCCUCGCGCUGCUCCUCGCGCUGCUCACCUGCUGCGUCAGGUGCGCAGAACCCAGAGGAGCCAAACCGAGCAACAUCAUCCUCAUCGUGGCUGAUGACCAGGAUGUGGAGCUAGGGGGGAUGACCCCCAUGAAGAAAACUAGAGCUUUAAUAGGAGACGCAGGAGCGACCUUUGUGAACGCUGUGAGUAUUUCUUUAAGAUGGUUCCUGUGUGAGACGCAGGGGAACUUCUUGAUCUUGAAGUUGAUGUUUAGAAGCAUAAACCUUCAGCAGCAGCAGCAGCAGCAGCAGCAGCAGCAGCAGGGAGAGUCUGCCACACUUCUCAGGAAAGCAAAACUGAAACUGAAGCAGAUCAUUUGA